UCUUCUCCCUUCAUUUUGCCUUCCUUCCCUUCACUCCGUUUAGGUACUCUGCUUCUUUCUUCUUCCUGUAGCUUUAGCCUCAUUCUGUCAAAAUUUCUUCUGGGUUUAUGCAUCUUUCAAUUUUGAAAGUGAUCCCACGUUGCUUCCCUUCUUCGACGACCUGGGUCUUCUCCUGUUUCAGAAAACAAUGUCAAAGUCUCUGUUUUCUUGUUGAAGAAAAAACAGAGACCUGUAUAAAACUGAUCUUACAAUAUUUUCCUGCAAUCAUAGUUGAACAAAAAAAAAAAGUCUGUUUAAUACUAGAAAUUUCUCACGGGGUUGGUAGAAUGGGUUGGUAGGUUUGGAAAUUCAUAACCCAUCUAGAAAAGAAUGCAUUUAAAGUUGGUUUUGACUUCUACGGAUGUUUAUCCAUUUCCAUUUAUACCGGAACGUUUUGAUUAGUUUGCAUUAUUCUCAUUUCCUCUGUUGUUUUCAGUUGAAUUUCUGCAAUGUCGGAGCGAGCUAUUACCCGUGUUCAGAGCCUCCGUGAGCGGCUGGAUGAGACUCUCAAUGCUCACAGGAAUGAGGUUCUGGCGCUGCUCACCAGGAUUGAGGCUAAGGGCAAAGGAAUCCUUCAGCAGCCUCAACUUGUUCUGGAAUUCGAAGCCGUCCCUGAAGGACCCAGGAAGAAGCUUGAGCAGUCAGGAUUUGGUGAAGUUUUGAAGGCUAGCCAGGAAGCGAUUGUGUUGCCUCCAUGGGUGGCACUUGCCGUCCGUCCGAGGCCUGGUGUGUGGGAGUAUAUCAGAGUGAAUAUCCACGCUCUGGUCGUGGAGGAGCUCCGCGAGGCGGAGUACCUCCACUUCAAGGAAGAGCUUGUCGACGGAACCGUGAACGGCAACUUCGUGCUUGAGUUGGAUUUUGAGCCCUUCAACGCAACCUUCCCUAGGCCAUCUCUUGAGAAGUACAUCGGUAAUGGUGUUGAGUUCCUCAACCGUCACCUCUCGGCCAAGCUCUUCCAUGACAAAGAGAGUCUCCACCCUCUUCUUGAAUUCCUCAGAGUCCAUUGCCACAAGGGCAAGAACAUGAUGCUGAAUGACAAAAUUCAGAGUCUGAACUCUCUCCAAUAUGUCCUGAGGAAGGCUGAGGACUAUCUUACCUCACUUCCUUCAGAAACUCCAUACUCCAAGUUUGAACACAAGUUCCAGGAAAUUGGUUUGGAAAGAGGCUGGGGUGAUACCGCGGGGCGUGUGCUAGAGAUGAUCCAGCUCCUUCUGGACCUUCUUGAGGCCCCUGAUUCCGGCACUCUCGAGAAAUUCCUUGGAAGGAUCCCUAUGGUGUUUAAUGUUGUGAUCCUCACCCCUCAUGGUUACUUUGCCCAAGACAAUGUCUUGGGGUACCCUGACACUGGUGGUCAGGUUGUUUAUAUCUUGGAUCAAGUUCGUGCAUUGGAGGAAGAGAUGCUUCUCCGAAUCAAGCAGCAAGGACUCAACAUUACUCCACGUAUUCUCAUCAUUACCCGUCUCCUCCCCGAUGCUGUGGGAACAACUUGCGGUGAAAGACUAGAGAAAGUAUAUGGAACUGAGUAUUCAGAUAUCCUCCGAGUCCCCUUCAGAACUGAGAAGGGAAUUGUACGCAGAUGGAUCUCAAGAUUUGAAGUCUGGCCUUACCUGGAAACUUACACUGAGGACGUUGCCACUGAAAUUGCCAAGGAGUUACAGGGCAAGCCAGAUCUGAUUGUUGGAAACUACAGUGAUGGGAACAUUGUUGCCUCCUUGCUUGCACAUAAGUUGGGGGUUACACAGUGUACGAUUGCUCAUGCACUUGAGAAGACUAAGUAUCCUGAUUCAGACAUCUACUGGAAAAAACUGGAUGAGAAGUACCACUUCUCCUGCCAGUUCACAGCUGAUCUAUUUGCUAUGAACCAUACCGAUUUCAUCAUCACCAGUACCUUCCAAGAGAUUGCUGGAAGCAAGGACACUGUUGGUCAAUAUGAGAGCCACACUGCUUUCACCAUGCCUGGUCUGUACCGCGUUGUUCAUGGGAUUGAUGUGUUUGAUCCCAAAUUCAACAUUGUCUCCCCCGGUGCUGAUAUGAGCAUCUACUUCCUUUACACUGACGAGAAACGUCGGUUGAAGAAAUUCCAUCGCGAGAUCGAAGAGCUCUUAUAUAGCUCUGUUGAAAAUGAAGAACACUUAUGUGUGUUGAAGGACCGGAAAAAACCAAUUCUCUUUACCAUGGCACGGCUUGACCGAGUUAAGAACUUGACUGGACUUGUGGAAUGGUAUGGAAAGAAUGCCAAGCUCCGUGAAUUGGUCAACCUUGUUGUGGUUGGUGGAGACAGGAGAAAGGAGUCUAAGGAUUUGGAAGAGAAGGCUGAGAUGAAGAAGAUGUUUGAACUCAUUGAAAAAUACAAGCUGAACGGGCAGUUCAGAUGGAUUUCAUCCCAAAUGAACCGUGUCAGGAACGGUGAACUCUACCGCUACAUUUGUGACACCAGGGGAGCAUUUGUGCAGCCUGCGUUGUACGAGGCCUUUGGACUGACUGUUGUUGAGGCCAUGACCUGUGGAUUGCCUACAUUCGCCACUUGCAAGGGUGGCCCUGCUGAGAUCAUUGUCCAUGGUAAAUCUGGCUACCACAUUGAUCCUUACCAUGGGGAUCAAGCUGCUGAGAUCCUUGUUGACUUCUUCGAGAAGUGCAAGAAGGAUCCAACCUUCUGGGACAAGAUCUCAGAGGGUGGAUUGAAACGUAUUGAGGAGAAGUACACAUGGAAGAUUUACUCCGAGAGGCUGUUGACCCUCACAGGAGUCUAUGGCUUCUGGAAGCACGUCUCCAACCUUGACCGCCGUGAGAGCCGCCGCUACCUUGAAAUGUUCUAUGCUCUCAAAUACCGCAAACUGGCGGAAUCUGUUCCUUUGGCCGUUGAGGAUUGAGGAAAACCUCUGCAGAGAAUUUGAUUAUCUCCUUGUGAUUUUCUCAUUUCACAAAAAUAAAUAUUGUCGUCUUUGGAUUUUGAUUGGAUAAGAGGAGGGGGGUUUUGUCUUUUGUUUCUCUUUUCAGGCAUUGUUUGAAUCGGAAUUUGGGUGGGGUUUUCAUCCUUCAAUUUCAGUAAAAAUUGCUCUGUUUUGUUCUGCUCAAUCUUUCUUUUUCUCUCUGUUUCUAUGUUUGCAAAAGUGUUAGGUGGCAUGAGCCAUCCAAUUUUCAACUGAAAGUAAAGCUAGUGGAUGCACUAAAGAAAUUGAAGUGGAGUUGGUGAAUUGUAUAAAAAGAUCCAACAAUCCAACAAAAGAUAUGCUUCAAGCUGUCUUCUUUUAUAUUUGCAUGAAAUAAUAGUUUUUGAUUAUC